GAUACAAUGGUAUCAAAACGGCAACGCUGUCUUUGACUGCAAAAUCCAGCGGCUAGUUCGCAUUUUUGCAAUUGUUUAAUAAAUAAAGAAUUUUGAUAAUCUUCAAAAUUUUUAACUCGUGAAAAACUUUGUGGACUUCACUUCACAAAAAAACAGUUCAAGUUUAUCCCAAGAAAGCAAUAAGCAACCCAAAUCUGCUAAAGUAAUAUUAAGCCCUGAACUUUAUUGGGUGCUAUUUUAAGUCCUUGUAAUGGAGGAGUCACCAAAUGUAGAAGCUGAGGAAACAAUGUCUGAGGAAAAGCAGCCGGAUGUUAGCAGUUCUGCGAAUUCCACUAAGCAGAAGCGGGAGCGCAAGGAAAGGGGCUUCAUAUGCGGUGUAAUUGAAGGCUUUUAUGGACGGCCAUGGACAACGGAGCAACGUAAGGACCUAUUUAGAAAACUUAAGAAAUGGGGCAUGGACUCAUACGUCUAUGCGCCUAAGGAUGAUUACAAGCAUCGAGCAUAUUGGCGCGAAUUAUAUACAGUAGAAGAAGCUGAUCAUCUUACAAGUUUAAUAACGGCAGCUAGAGAACACGAUGUAAUGUUUUACUAUGCUCUUUCCCCUGGUUUGGAUAUGUCAUACAGCAGCCAAAAAGAAAUCCAAACCCUCAAGCGAAAACUCGAUCAGGUUUCGCAAUUUGGUUGUGAAGCAUUUGCUUUGCUCUUCGAUGAUAUCGACUCGGAAUUGUCUAAAGUGGACAAAGAAGCGUUCCAGACAUUUGCCAAUGCACAAGUCUCGGUUACAAAUGAAAUAUAUGCACAUCUAGGCAACCCAAGAUUUCUCUUCUGCCCCACGCAGUAUUGUAGCUCACGAGCUAUGCCUACAAUACAAGACUCCGAGUAUUUAAACACAUUAGGAUCCAAACUUAAUCACGAUAUUGAUAUAAUGUGGACUGGAAAUAAAGUAAUCUCUAAAAUAAUAAGUCUCGAAUCAAUUCAGGAGAUAACGGAAGUAUUACGUCGACCGCCAGUUAUUUGGGAUAACUUGCAUGCUAAUGAUUACGACCAGAAGCGUGUUUUCCUUGGACCAUAUUCAGGUCGUUCGCCGGAGUUGAUUCCGCACCUACGCGGAGUCAUGACGAAUCCCAACUGCGAGUUUCACGCUAACACCAUUGCCAUUCACACUUUGGCCAAUUGGUCGAAAUGUAGCCUUGAUUCCAAAGUAAAUAGUUCUGUUUCCGCGGAUAUUAAACUGGAAACCGAAAACGAAGACGGUACGACCGAAGAAGAACUGCCCGUAGACAGCUUAUCAAAAAAUAUGUAUCACCCACGUAUUGCAUUAAAAAACGCUAUAGAUGAGUGGCUACCUGAGUUCUUUUUAGAAAAAGAGGCUUGGGGUCCUAUUACGAAGCCGCAACCACAAGUUACAAUGGUUAUGCCUAUUAUACCAAUUUUACCGUCUAUAAAUACUUGUAUGAGCUUGACGACAACAACUACUACAUCCACUAGUACCAAAACUCUUACUGUGCCAGAAGUGAACACCACUCAGCUACAAGCUUUGGCCGAUGUUUGCAGCACCGUUAGUUCAUCAGUUAUUAAUCCCAUAGCCAAUCCAGUAAUGAAUUCCUUAGUUUUACCCACAAAAGUUGUAACAAAUGACGACAUUGUAAAUCCAAUUCCUACGUGCGUGGCCUCAAAUAUUGAGUUGCCAAAAAAAAUUCCCAUAUCAAUCGUAGCAGUGCCAAUAAUGCACAGGAAAGCGGUGGAGGAUAUAUUAACUAAAAGUACUAGGGAAGAUGUCGUUAAAGAACAGUCAUCUGACUCUGGAAUAAUAUCAGCGAUCACGAUUUCAGCACCGGGGACAAACGAAAGUAACUCGAGAGCUUCUAAUGCUCCCACAAUUGUGGCAAACAACACUGUUACAGAUCGUGAGGAAAAUGAGGGUGAAAUCGCCAAGGAGGACGAAAUGACUAUCGAAAAGGCAGAACAGCUGAGUACCCAGUUACCACAGCUGAAAAGGAUUAAUGAAAAAAAGGCAGUAGAAGUUUCGAAAAAUGAAAUCGGGGGUAUUAUCAUGGAGAAAGAUGUAGAUUUAUUGGUAAAUACCAGCGCAAUACCGGGAGAAAGUGUUACUACUACAGGUUCGCUUCCCAUGAUAGACGAACACACAUUAAGCCCGCUAAGUGCAAUCAGCGCCGGUGGUAAUGAACCGAUGGAGUGCAGCAGCAGUUUAGCUUCGCAAGCGUCAGGAAAAGAAGAUCGCAAAUUGGUAUCUGAGGAUGUGGUGAUGGCUGAAGGAGUCGAAGAAGAUGAUGUUUGCAAUGGCUCGAUGAACGAAUUGAAUAAUAGCAUGCAGGUUGAAAGCUCAGAAGGGUCACCCCUCUCAAAUGCCGACAUGAAAGACUAUGAAGAGAAAACUAUCCCUGGAGUCGGCAGUAGUAGCCUUAUCACUGUGGAGGAUCUUUACUUAUUGUGUGAUCUAUUUUAUCUCCCAUUUGAACAUGGAAGUCGGGGUUUUAAGCUUCUAAACGAGUUUAACUGGUUAAAAGCUAACGCAGGCGUUUUGUUAGGAAAUGGCAAAGGCAUUCGGAAAUGUUCAAACGCUGAUGGAGCGAUGUCGCCCAAACCGGAAGUAGCAGAAUGGAUGCAGAGGGCGGAAGCGUUCUCUAACCACUGUAACGCAGUCCACGAGCUACUAAAAAAAAUCGCCAAUUGCGCCAAUAAAGAGAUAUGCCACGAUUUGUUUUCUUAUGUAUGGGACAUUGCAGGAACUUUAACUCUCCUAAAUGCGUUUGUAAAAUGGUUAAGUCUGGGCCAUUUCCCGUCUAACGUGCAAACAUAUACCCAGGGUACAUACACAUGGUUCAGUAAGGGUUGGAAGGAGGCAUUCAUGUCUGGCGAUCAAGAGCCAUGGGUAUUUCGAGGAGGGCUUAUUGCCGAUUUACAGCGUCUGAUGCCAGUGGAUUCGGGUAACGAUUUGUUUCUCUAUAAACUGCCUGAAUUGCCGACAAGUGAUUAUCACUUGCUGCGUCCGUACACGCCAAUCGACGAAGCUGAGUUGGGACAGGUGUGUACAAGAGCCUUUCUGCAGGUCAUGUUACAACAAAGUGAUGAAAAAACUGACGAAUACGACAACAUCCUCGAGACAUUGUUACCCAGUCAUUUGCGCGAACUUAUAGCCGACAACAUUGUUGGACAUUUUGUGACUCUUAAUCCUCAUUUAUGUAUUGUAGCUCAUGACGCUUCUAAUGCCAUUGUUGGAUAUGCAGCUGCUGCCUUGAAUGCAAACACUUUUAUGCGGAAUGUUGAAGUCUGUUGGAUACCUUCAAUGAGGGAAAAGUACGCACCGUCUUUAUUGGAAAAAGAUAACUUCAUCGAUAUUGCAAAUGGCACAGAUAGCGAAAAAAGGCGUGAAUCUUCCGGACUUAACGUCCUCAUGAUUGAGAUGAUACGAGAUUUUCACAAGUACGAAUAUGAUUACCAGUGUCCGACCGAGGUAAGCAGUGCAUAUCCAGCUGUAAUGACAGCCGCCGCCUUAAAAGAUGCUCUGUCCCGCGAUCAGGGACUUUUAAAGCGUCUGAUAACAGUGACAUUAGCUACAUUACGUUCCAAUGGCUGCUUCGGCGUGCAUGUUCGCCUAACAGUAAAAGGCUCAGAAAACUUACAGCAGCAUUAUUCAAAGAUAGGAUUUACGAAAGUAUAUCAUGACGGUGAGAACAAAUAUAUCUAUCUUGGGCGCCGCUUUUAGCAACCGUCAUAUCAGGCACCGAUCACUAUUUUAAAAAAGUUGCGCCGCCUGUCGUCGAACAGUAUAGAAGAUUGAUCAUAAAGUAUGCAUACCGACACCCUCUCAUCUUUAUUUUCCUUUUUCUAAUUUAUGUAUAAGAAUACUUAGCAUCUAUGAAAACUUCAGGAACAUUAUAUAAGCCGUUUAUUUUGAAAGGCAUAAGUCACAUCACAACUCGUGCUUAUAUAACAAGUCGGUUAUUCGUUCAACUUCAUCACCCAAAGGUAGAAGGUUUUGUCGUUACCAUAGACUGAUUUACAGAUGCUUUCGG